UUGCAAACAAAUCUUCAAUACGCAAGGAACCAGUUUAAAAUGUAAACAGGAAAUGGAUCGAUUAGAAUGGAGCGAAAGCGAUAUUUUUGAUAAGCCUGGUGAAAGUUUUGUCUGUCAGCAAGCUGUUGUUUCACUUUAUGAUGGAGAAGAUAAAAGUACUUUUGUUCAUGGUUUACUUACACUGACUACACAUAGGUUACAAUGGAAGGAUCCUAAAAACAGAUCUAGAAUAUUAUCUUUGCCCCUUUCAUUGGUCAUAUUUUUGGAACAAGAAGCGGCUGGAUUUUCGAAAAGUGCUAAAAUAGUGGUACAUCUAAGUUCCCCUGAAAGCAACAAACCAGCAGGACCUAACAGACAAAGCAAAUAUAAUUACAUCAAAUUAUCAUUUAAACAAUCAGGUGAAAGAGAGUUUUUCAGGGAAUUGUCAGAGCAGUUACAACAGAAAAGAUGGCAGCAAUCAAUACCACAAGCUCAACCAGCUGUAGCAACAGGAAGACACAGAGGCAUUAUGGGUAUAGAAAGAUCAAUACAACAGAAACAGAAAGCUACUGAUUCUAAUAUAACACAGUCAUUUCAAGACCUCAGCAAACUUAUAGAAAAGGCUAAAGAUAUGGUGGCAUUAUCAAAAACCAUAGCAACAAAGAUCAAAGAUAAACAAGGGGACAUAACUGAGGAUGAGACUGUGAAGUUUAAAUCUUACCUUCUUAGUAUGGGAAUACCAAAUCCUGUUACCAGGGAAACCCAUGGAACAGGAGAUAAAUAUAAUACAGAACUAGCUAAGGAAUUGUCCAAGGCAUUAAUGAACCCAUUGAAGGAAUCAGGAGGUAUAAUGACUCUGACAGAUGUAUAUUGCAGAGUAAACAGAGCAAGAGGCAUGGAGUUAUUAUCACCAGAAGAUUUAAUUAAUGCCUGUGAAAUGCUGGAGAUCUUAAGGUUACCGUUAAGAUUAAAGACAUUUGACAGUGGAGUAAUGGUAUUACAACUACAAUCUCAUGAUGAAGAACAAAUCAUUAAAGAUACAACAAAAACUGUGGAAGAAAACCAGUCAAUGACUUCAGAAGAAUUAUCUCAAAAUGCUGGAAUAUCUGUGAUAUUGGCAAAGGAAAGAUUACUGUUGACAGAAAAAGUUGGUGGAGUUUGUCGAGAUGAAAGUGUAGAAGGACUUAGAUUUUAUCCUAAUUUAUUUUUAACAAAAUGUUCAUAGUAUAAUUGUAUAGAAAUUGUAAAAUAAAUAUUAAUAAUAU